AUGAUCGAUCUGUUUUGUAUUUUCACUACCACCGGACUUGUUCUGUGGUCCAAGAGCUUCUGCGAGUUGAAAGGCACUCCCAUCAACAAGUUGAUAAAGGAUGUGAUUCUCGUCGAGCGAACAAACGAGAAGGUGUUCUAUGAUGAUCAGUACGCCUUGAAGUGGAGUUUUAACAAUGAUCUGGGUCUGGUGUUUGUUGUGGUCUAUCAGCGCAUUCUGCAACUAAUGUACGUUGAUGACUUGCUCGCCGCAGUGAAGAAGGCGUUUGUCACUUCUUUCAAGGACAGCCUUCCUGUUACCACUAUAUGCGAAUUUGAUUUUGAUGAGCAGUUUUCGCAACUCCUUGAUUCGGUAGAAUCUGCUUCGCAACGCUCGAAGAGGCCAUCGCUUUUUAGCGGGAGCACAUUGAACCGUCUCCGAUCAAGUCGAGAGGUGAAAGAAACAUCGGAAUCGAGCGUUCAAGCAGUUGAGUCCGAAACCCAGCCCGAAGAGCCAGAGGUCGAAGAAAGGGUUGAGAAAAGUUCUCCAACAAUGACUCGGAAGAACUCCAAGAAGCAGGAGGCCAAAGCCAAGCCGGAGAAGAAGAAAAAGAGCAAAUUCCUCGUGUCGGAGGACGAUAACGUGGACAUAAACUCUCUGGAUCGAAACAGUGAAAACGCCUCGGUAACGCGCGAUGUAGUUGAGAACUUUGUGUGUAAUGAAUCCGAAAUGGAUCGUCCCGAAGAAGAGGAAUCUUCUUCUUCUUCUUCUUCUUCUUCUUCGAGUUGGGGAUUGGGCAAACUGACCGGGUUUAUGAAGCGAUUAGUGGGCGAAACCCCGAUCACGAACGAAGAACUGACUCCUGUGAUUGAUUCGUUGAAGAAGAAGCUCGUCGAGAAGAACGUCGCUACGGAUAUAGCAGACAGCAUUUGCGAGAAUGUGCGAACCAAAAUCCUCGGCAAGAAGCUCGGCGGCAUCAAGAGCGUGACUUCCGUCGUCCGCGCUGCGUUGGAAGAGAGCAUCGAAUCGAUUCUGACCACGCGGUCCUCCGUGGAUAUUCUCCGCCUUGUCCAGGACGCGCGCAAGCAAGGAAAGACCUUCAGCAUCGUUUUCUGCGGUGUGAACGGCGUGGGAAAGAGCACGUCUCUCUCCAAGGUCGCGUACUACUUCAAGAGCAAGGGGCUGCGCGUUCUGCUGGCAGCGUGCGAUACCUAUCGAUCGGGAGCCGUGGAGCAGCUUCGCGUGCACGUGGAUCGGCUUGGAUUGGAUCUGUUCGAGCGCGGCUACACGAAGGAUCCGUCCGAUGUGGCGUACUACGCGCUGCGGUAUGCGAACGAGCAGGGCUUCGAUGUGUGUCUGAUCGAUACGGCGGGGCGAAUGCAGAACAACGAGGGGCUGAUGCGCAGCUUGGUGAAGCUGGUGAACGUCAAUCAUCCUGAUCUCAUUCUCUUUGUGGGCGAAGCUCUCGUCGGAAACGACGGCGUCGACCAGCUGAGGGAGUUCAACCGAGCGUUGCACGAUCUCUCGGAUCUGGCAGAACCGCGAUUGGUCGAUGGAAUCGUGCUGACCAAGUUCGAUACGAUCGACGACAAGGUGGGAGCGGCGCUGUCGAUGGUUUAUUGCACUGGGAAGCCAAUUGUUUUUGUUGGCACGGGGCAGAAAUACACGAAUUUGAAGAGACUGAAUGUGAAGGAUGUGGUGAAUUUGUUGCUGAAUUAA